AUGAGUGCUCCGCUCACCUCCGAGUUGUCUGAGUUGGCGGCGCCGCGCCCCGGCUUCCGGCGCUCGGCGCCCCACGCGCUCGCGGCUCCCGCGCCUGCAGCCCACGCCCGCGCCCGGAGCCGAGCUCGCCGCGCCGAGCCGCGCGGGGAGCCGAGCCUCCCGAGCUCCUGUCCCGGCCCCGGUCCAGGGGAAAGCAGGGCUGUCCCCCGGGAGGCGCACGGCCGGCCGCGCGGUCUCCCGCACUCCCCGCGGCCCGUGGGUCUCUCCAUGGCCUCUCACCAGCAAUCCCGGAUCCAGGCUUACCUGGAGAAGAACAAGAUCGGCCCCCUGUUUGAGGAAUUAAUGACCAAGUUAAUAACUGAGACACCUGACCAGCCAAUCCCAUUUCUCAUUGACCAUCUUCAGUCUAAACAAGGAAACCGUGGACAACUUCAAAGAACUUUAUCUGGGUCUGCAGCUCUCUGGGCAGAAAGUGAAGCGUUAGAACAUAAAGGAACAAGAAGGGACUUCAGAAACUAUGAUAAACCCUGGCAGUUAAAUGCAAAGAAGCCUAAAAAGUCAAAAAGUGACCUUGCUGUGUCUAAUAUUUCUCCACCAUCACCAGAGUCAAAAUCAUUGCCAAGGUCAGUAGAUCAUCCUAAGUGGAAUUGGAGGACUAAACCAGAAAGCCGUGAUUUUGAUGAAUUGAACCACAUCCUUCAAGAGAGCAAGAAACUGGGAAAAGCCCUUGAGAAUCUCUCUCGAAGUAUUGCAAUUUCAGAUGAACUUGAUAAGGAAACAGUGGCAUUUAAUUCUUCUCUUUUGAGACCCCGUGUGAUUGGAGAGUGGAUUGGUCGAGAAGAGAAUGACGCUGAUCCGCUAGCCGCUGAAAUGCUACAGCCCCCAGUUCCAAGAAGUAAAAAUGAACCAUGGGAAAGUGAAGAUAAUAGCUCUAGCCCUGCAGGAAGCUUAAAGGUGGAGCCCAAGACUAAAGGAUUAAAACAACAGCAACAGCAGCAUAAGAAACUUCUGGCAGCAAUGCUCUCUCAAGAUUCUUUUGAGUCUGUCCAUAGUCCCACCCCAUCGGUAACAGAAGAUGAUAUUGAUAAUGAAGAUGAUGCAAUGGAAUUGCUGGGUAAUUUUAAAAAUUAA